AGAAAUCAUGUGAAAGGACUCAAAAUCGACCAAAUGUUUAAAGUGUGUUCUACCUCCUAGUUCUUACAUUCUCGUUUCAGCUUAAUUAUUGUCAUUUUUGGUGAAAUUUUAGCUUCUGAUUAAUGGGUUAUUGUAUCUGCAAAAUUCUAAUUUUGGUGGGAGUCUCCUACCUCAUAAAUUCAUGUGGGUUUUCUCCUGAAUCCCUCUUUCCAUUUCCAAGAGAGUGCAGUUUAAAAGCCAAAAAGCCCCAGACUUGGUGAUCAACUUCUUGGUGGAGCACGGUUUCUCGCAAAUCCAGGUCAGAAAAUUCAUAGAGAAAAAACCAGAUUUUCUUUACUACAAUCCUGAGAAAUCCCUUUUGCCCAAAUUCAAUUUCUUCUACUCCAAAGGUCUCUCAAGCUCUGAACUUGCAGAACUCUUGUUAAAAAAACCCCUAUGUUUUGUGGCGGGGUUUGAAUUCCCACAUUAUACCCAAUUUUAAUUUUUUAAAGAAUUUGGUUGGCUCUGGCGAUGAUAAGGUUUUGUUGGCUUUCAAGCGCGGUGUUCUUUAUUCGGAUUGUAAGUCUUUAGCUUCUCCAAGUAUCUCAUUACUAAGAGAAGAUGGUGUGCCUGAGUUCAAUACUCUUAUUCAACUGAUUAAUCAGCCUAGAAUGUUCGCUGCAAAGCAUGAUAGGUUCAGAAGUGCUGUACAAGAGGUUAAAAAGAUGGGUUUUGAUCCAGGAUAGAGCACUUUCUUGAAUGCCAUUUCAGCUAUGCUACAAUUGAGAAAGGGAAACUUGGUAAGGAAAUUCAAUCUUUACAGGGAGUGGGGCUGGUCUAACGAGCAGGCUCUUCUUAUUUUCGUGAAGUUUCCCUAUUGCAUGAUUUUUUCUGAGUCCAAAAUUACUGCCAUAAUGGACUUUUUAGUCAACAAGAUGGGUUUCAGUUCUUCCUAUAUUGCUGAGAGGCCAGCUCUUCUUACAUACAGCUUGAAGAAGAGAAUCACUCCUCGUUGUUCCGUCCUUCAAGUACUGUUGUCCAAAGUUUUGGUCAAGGAUGGCUUUAGUGUGUUCAGUGUGGCAUCCAUUACUGAAGAUAAGUUCUUACAGAAGUAUGUGACUUGUUAUAAGGAUGAAUCUCCCCAGUUGAUGAAGUUAUAUUAAGAAAAAUUAAGUCCAUUAAAAUAACUGGAUAUCAAGCAUUAUAGUUGAGCAAUGUGAAAGGUACAAUUGUUUCCUCACAUGACAGCUUAGUCUCACUUAUUCCUUUUUGCAUUACUACCAUUAAUUCUCAUGGAAUCAUAUUCUCUGUCACUAUGUGAUUUAGUUCAUUAUGCAAGCAUUGAGAAAUUGAUCUUUUAGGAGAACCAUUUAGAGCCCAAGUUUGAUACUAACGCCAAAUUUUCUUUCAUACAGCUUGAGGAGGAGAAUCAUUCCUCCUUGUUCUAUCCUCUAAAUUUUGAUCUCCAAAUGUUUAACCAAGGAUGGCUUUAGUGCAAACAGCUUGAUAACCAUUUCUGAGGAUAAAUUCUUGCAGAAGUUUGUGACCUGUGGAGAAAAAAGCUCCCCUGUUGAUGAAGUUAUAUCAGGGAAGAAAUUAAACCUCUCAAAAUGACAGGAUGUUAAGCAAUGUAUUUGAGCAAUGUGAACCAGUUACAUUUGUUUCCUCUAUGCUGUUCAGCCUGUUCUGCUUUU